GUUCCUCCCUCUUCGUGGUCAUUAAAUUCACAUCACUCAUCAUAUCUACAUUUUCUAUUUUUAAGAGAUGCCCCUACCAAAUAAAAACUCAAUUCAAUAUAACUUACCUUUAACGGAUCAUUUCAAAGUCAUAACAUCCCAAUAUUAGAUCCUUCCCCCAACAGAAUCCGUUAUCAUGAUUUCUUUCUCUCUCUUCCCCUCUUCCUCUCAUCUCCCCUCAAAUCGCUCUCCAUGCAAAAAAAUAAAAAAUAAAAUAAAAAAAAUAAAAAAUAAUCUCAACCCCCCAACCAAAAAGCAGAAAAACAAGCUUCAUCAAUAUUUGAAAAAGCAUACCCGCCGGGAACGCAGCCGAUAUCUCUCGAUCAAAAUAACCAUGAGCCUUUCAACAAUAGCCACAACAUCAUCGACACCAACGACAACGACAACAACAAAAGGCAACGGCAGCGCCCAAGCUUGCGCGGCGUGCAAGUACCAGCGCAGGAAGUGCGCUCCCGAUUGUGUUUUGGCCCCUUACUUCCCUCACGACAACCAACGCCAAUUCCUAAACGCCCACAAGCUCUUUGGCGUCAGCAACAUCACCAAGAUCAUCAAGAAUCUCGAUCCCCGCACCAAGGAUGAGGCCAUGCGCACCAUCAUCUUCCAGUCCGAUGCGCGCGCCUCCGACCCUGUCGGAGGCUGCUACCGCAUCAUUUGCGACCUGCAGCAGCAGAUUGAGUACGCCAAGGCCGAGCUUAACUUUGUGCUCCAUCAUCUCGCCCUUUGCCGCACGCAGCACGCGGGCGCUGCCGCCGUCGCCGCCACCACCGCUGCUCCUGAUAUUGCUAAUGGAGUUGAUCAUUUGAAUCUGUAUGGUAACAAUAGCAUGACCAACGAGGGACAGUUUCUUCAACCGGUGCAAGAACACGAGCAGUACUUUGUGCUGAAUGAUGAUGUUAGUUCGUGGGUUGUUCAAGAUUCCGUGGCGCCGUCUGUGUCCGCGGACAUUAAACAGGACAUGGAUGUUAAGCCUUUUAUUGAAGAUCAUCAACGGGGUGAAGCCGUAUUAAGGGCGAUAGGCGAUGCAAUGAUCUUGAAAGAAGAGCAAGAAUACUCGAUGCAACUAGAUGACGAUUCAAAGGAUGCAACUAAUUUAUUUAGGCUUACAAAUUGUAGCAGUUGAAAGUGGAAUAAACUGAUGGCUCUAA